AGCGCUCAAAAUGUCGACGUUGGUGUCGUGGCCGAAGUGGGCCUUCGCGGUUGGCCAUGUGCUCAACGAUUUGUGCGCGUCGCUGUGGUUCACCUACUUGUUGGUGUACUUCCAUUUUGUGCUGAAGUUUGACAAUAAAUUGUCUGGCAUUAUUUUGAUGAUAGGGCAAAUUGCUGAUGCCAUUUCGACACCUUUUGUGGGAUUGGAAUCCGAUCGUGACGAUGGAUUCUACCUGUGCAAAUACGGAAGACGGAAAACGUGGCAUUUAAUUGGUACUCUUUGUGUCCUCGGUACAAUGCCUUUCAUUUUCAUGAAGUGCAUCAACUGCGAAAAUUCGAGUCAGAGUGCGCAACUCCUUUAUUACGGAGCCUUCGUUGCCAUUUUCCAGUUUGGAUGGGCUUCUGUCCAGAUUUCCCAUUUGUCCUUGAUUCCCGAAUUGGCGUCGUGUCAGCAUGAACGAACCGGUUUGAAUGCUUUACGACGAUCAUUGAACAUUCGCAGGUACGCCUUCACAGUGGCGUCUAAUGUAACGGUUUACGUUAUCGCCUGGGCUUCGUUUGGCAUUGAAGCGAAUGACAGUAUGUCCAAUGGAUUGAUAGGACCGCAAAAUUCUGGUGCUUUCACGAAAAUCGUGUUGAUCUCCUUGUCGAUUGGAGCCGUGUUCUCGAUCAUUUUCCACGUCGGAGUCAAAGAGCCUCCAAGUUUGAGUCAAAUGGACCGCGCAGAGCGUGAGCAGUCCAUCAAGAACCGCGGCUUCAUGAAACCCGGGCAUUGGAUGCAGUUGUCCGAGUUUUACAAGACUGCAAUGUUGUACAUGGUGACUCGGUUAUACGUCAACAUCACCCAGGUCUACAUUCCCCUAUAUUUGCAAGACUCUCUGAACCUCGAAGCCAGGAACUUGGCGAUUGUUCCGUUGGUAAUGUACGUGUCUGGAUUUGGGUCGUCGUUCUGCAUCAAGUGGACGAAUCGUCGUCUGGGACGGAAAGUGAGCUAUUUAGCAGGAUCAGCCGUUGGACUCGUGGCGUGUGGCUGGAUUUAUUUGGGUGAAGGGGAAAUCUACAAGCACUACUGGAUUUACGCGGUGGCAGUGUUGGCAGGGAUGUGCUCGUCGACGAUCUUGAUAACGUCGCUGUCGAUCACGUCGGAUCUGAUUGGAGAGAACACUGAAAGUGGAGCGUUUGUUUACGGCGCCAUGAGCUUCGCAGACAAGCUUUCGAAUGGACUCGUUAUCGUAUUGAUACAGUCGUUGCAUCCGUGCUCAGAUCCGUUUGUGUUGUGCGAUUUGUAUUAUCGCCAAGUGUUGGGGUUUGCAUGCGGCGUUUUCCUGAUCCUGGCGUCCCUUGCUGUGCUGCUGAUACAAUCCCAGUCUGAUCAAGCGGGCCAAGUGUUGCCAGUGCCCACACGAGAUUAUGGAGCUGCUGAAAUCAGCGCCGGGCCAGCAGUCGCUGUCAGAUCGACUAAUACACAGUCAUCUUCGUUUGAGGACGAUUCGCAGUAACAUCCAAGAUAUUUUCAGGAGCUUACAACAACUGUAUGUGCCAUGUGCUUGCUGCCCUGCGUGAGAUCCUUCUUUUCCGUCCGGUUUCCGUCCCGGCUUUUGAUCGAGUGAUUGAUUGGCUCUUGCUGUUGGGGAUCAUGCGGGUGGAAUGUGAGAGAUUUUUUGUUGAUCUGUAAGUUGCGAAGGAUGAGAGUGAGUUAUCAUCCUGUUGAACAAAUCAAAACACAUUCCGUAAAGACUUCGAAGGGAUCACGAAUUUUAAGAGGCGUUGGAGGCUGUAUUGAAUUAUUUUAGUAAUUGGAUACUGGAGGCUGAACGAAGUGAUCCAGCACAAUUGCUUGAAUUCCGGGUGUCUUAAUAUUGCAUUUUUUACAUGGCAAAGUUUGCUUAUUAUUCGUUGAUCCGCGAUAAAUUGAGGAUCAUAUUGUCGUUGGUUGGUCAUAAAGUAAGAUGCUCUCUGAGAAGGUUUGUGACUGUGGUAAAACUUGUUGGAUGGUACUUCGAAGAGAUAACAGGGAAACUAGAGAGUAUAUGCCUGAGAUUUUGUUCAUUCGCGUGACGUGGAAAAAUUUAUUUGCGGAAUUUUAUCUCGUGCAAUAUAAGAAACACUUCAUCUCAUAUUGUUGCAGACAAUUUGAGUUCAUCUUGAAAUCAAUGGUGCCGUAGAAUUUCUUGCGAAGUGCUCUUUCGUGACCUAAAAAUAACAUAAGUGCAGCCAUUCUGAGUAUGGACCAUCUUUCUAUGACAAAGAAUACGCAGUAAUUGAGCUCAAUGCAAUGAACACUGACACCCCCGAAGGGCAAAUCCUGAAAAAGCAUGAGUAUAUUUAUCUUCUCGAAAUAGAUUGGUAUGUUUCAAAAUGACUCGAUGAUCACAGCAUGCAUUGCUGUGGAAGUUAAUUUGCAAGAAAAAUUCAAAUAAGCCUUCGUGCGCAACUUUGCAUGCUUGUAAACGGAGAUUGAGUUUUAAAAAUUGGUAUAGUAACCUUCGCACUUCGUACAAAGAAAUUAUGAUGUAUUGUGAAGCAAAUUAACUUCGUGUGUUGAAUUCGCUAGAAGAUGUUUCCAGAUGGUCGGGCUAAAAAAUUUUGCAUCCUGGAAUUUGCCGAAAGAAAGUGCAGCUUUUUCCGUUAAUUUCUUGGCGUGAGGAGAUCUGGAUCUAAGUCGAUGACUGUUCGUAGUGCAAUUCAGCAUUCGUGUUUGAAACUGAAGCCUUGUUAUAUGUUGCGUGUGACGGAGCCUCUUCGUUGGUUGUUUGUUUAUGAGAAGAAUUGUUUCUGAUGUGAAAAAGGAAAACAAAUUCCGCGUUUCAUUCUGAAGAAAAGAACCUGGAUAGGAAGUGUGACGUGAUGAAAAUUUAUCAUGCCGGGCUUCCAUCACAUUGUCGUAGAAGGGAAAAGGAAAGACGUUCAGGGCAGACAUUUUUGAGCUUGUGGAGUAGCUUCCGUAAAGGUCUGCAAUUACUGCCGAGAAUUCGAGAUGGUGUAUUUUUGUUUUGAACCUUGCCACCGGCUUCGCGUUUUGGCAUUAUUUGUUGUUUGAUUUUGGCUCUCGUGAGCUUUGACCGGUUUGUACCUCGCCUUUCGGGACCAGCAGGAAAGAGAUCCAAAACAUUUUUCGGGUGCUGAUCGAAAGAGAAACAUUGUCUCUCAUCGGCUGUGAUGAGUCGCUGCCUAUCUUUUUAUGGAAUAUAUUCCGAAUUUCAACCCA